UUUACCAUGCCAAAAUAUCGUAAACCUUACCAAACAUUUAUUUACACUUACCAUGAAUCAAUAAAAAUUACCAUGUGUCAAACAUUUUGUAGCAUGGUGAGCAUCACUAUAUAUAUAUUCAGCACAACUAUUCAAUUUUUACUCUGCGCCGAACAAACAUGGUAAUGUCAACUCUAAUUAUGUUUACCCAAAAUAUAAACAGUUUCAAGCUCAAAACGCUCGAUAGUUAUUGUAAAUAUUUAGAUUGUAUUGAGCUUUUUCAGUUCUCCGUGUAGCAUCUGCGCGACCGUUCGCCAUUUUGACGUACUUCCUUUCGGAAAACGUUUACCGAAAUACUUGUCGAAAUAAUGGCAGAAUCAAAAAUUGAAGAAGUUCUAAUUGAAGAGCUUGUUGCCGAUUCCGACGCCAUUGAAGAAGCCGACGAGCAGCCGGACCUAAGAAACGUCAUAUUGGAGGAGUGGGAACUUGGAUCCUCGGUGUAUGCCAUCUUGAUAAGUCACGGUGUCACACUUGAAUAUUUAAAAAUCCUGGACGAAAAAGCGUUAAGCGACAUAUUUUCUGUUGUCAAAUGGACGGGACAUAAACAUGCCUUGCGCUCCAAAUUGGAACAGUGGCAAGAGAGUGCAUUGUACCGUCCGUUGCCUUCCAACAGCAGCAAUCCGGUAAGCGGAACGUCUUCAUUUCAUCAUGUCGAGCCGGGACCAUCUCAUGUGACCAGAUUACUACAAACAACCGUCACAAACAAUGUGCUGCUUGGAAUACUCGAAAGAAACGAAAAAGGCAAAAUCGUUUGCCAAUAUUACCAAGCACACCAAAGGCUGGAUGUGGAGCACAGACGAUCAUUGGCACACACCAUAGUCGACUAUUAUAUUGCCAACAACACAUACUUCACACUGGCGGAUAUGGAACGUUUCGCAGACCUGAUUGCAGCUCGAUUUCCUCCGGAAAUACGUGCAACCUACUACAAUCCCCGUGAUUCAGCGUCUGGCAAGAAGUAUCCCUCUGGUCUAUUGUAUGACCGGUUUCAUAACCGGAAGAAAACCGGUUCAUCUAGGCGACAGAUAGGCGAGUGCGACCCGUGGACACGUUCCAAGGCGGAUGCAUCCAAACUUACAACUGAUGGUAAGAUUCAUGCCGGUUAAUCAAAGUUUGACAAUGUUUGGCUAUUGUUGUGGGCUUCGUGGCCGAGCGGUUAGCGGCGUCAGUCGUUAAGGUGUCUCGUAAGCCUCGGAGUGUGGGUUAGAUUCCCGCUCCAGUCGGGGAAAACUUUUCGUCAAACGGAAAGGUCUCCACUGGGCCUCUGGGUGUUAUAUGUGUUGUCCGUUGUCAAAUGUUUGUAAUGUUCAGUCUGUAGAGGCCGCAAGGUCGAAGACGGUGUAAUUGUCUUUGUCUUUAAUUCAAUCUGGAAUUUUAACCAUGCCGACAAGGCUGAAUAUGUCUAUUAUGGGCGCUUUAAGCGCUUACGUGAGAAAAUGUUUAAAACCUGUUUUACCCUAUUUUACCUACGCAUGAGCUGACCGCCUCUAGGCAUCACACACAUGGAAAUCAAUUUGUCAGCUUGAACUAGGAACUAGCAUACCUGCUAAACCGCUUAUUAUAAAAAUAAACUGCACAAAAGAAUAAUACUUGUUCAAAUUUAAAAUUCAAAUUAAAAAAAAUGAUGCCAGUUUGGAAUACUUUCAUACGACCCAUUCAAAACUUGCACUAGAAAAUAAACAAAAACAACUUCCAUCCAUCCACAGAAACAAACCGCUUGACAUCGAUUAAAAACUGGCUACGAAACAACCUGGAACCAUUCGAUGAAAUUUUGCACCGUUGGAACGACUCUUGGCUGCUGCGAGUAACAAGCAUCAUCAAAGAAGCUGAGGUCAAUAAAUCCAACAUCCUUCAGGAGUGGCCACGUCUUGCAGAUCGGAACGGAUAUUUACUGAUUGAUGCUGACUACGGCUCUAUAUAUGAAAGCACAAGGAACGCGACAACGCUGUACGACAACUGGGACACAUUCCUGGUAAGGUUUCGGGAGUACAUAAGCAGGUGCAACAUCAAGGAUCAUCGGUCGCUUCAGCUGCUAGAAUACUUGGAGGAAGGUACUCUGGCUGAUGAUACCAAGAAUUUAAUUUAUUGUUCGGUAUUCCAUGCUGUGGUAAAGCCUUCCCGAACAUCGUCUAGAAGAUUGCCCACCAUCUUGCAAGCUCAGGAAGAAAAUUGUCGCGUUUGUGAUACGGAGGAAGAUUACCGAU